GAUCUAGCUGUCAUGGCGCCCUGCACCUGUCUGCCGGUGGCGAUAGUGUUGAUCAGCUGGUUGACUCCGAGUCUUGCCUUGGGGGACAGCGACACCUCGGAGUCCCACAAGAAGGUCGUGAUCCACGUCCCUUCGUACGAGAAGGUGAUCAAACACACGCACACCAUCUACAAGAUCAUCGGUCACAAGAAGGGAGAGAACGACCACAAGCACCACGGAGAAGUGAUCCACAAGCACAUCCACGGCGGACACGUCGAUCACGUUCACAAACACGACGGCCACGGACACCACGAACACAAGCACCACGGACAUGCCGAGCAUGGACACCAGCACCACGGUCAUACUGACCACAAGCACGCCCACGCUCUCCACGGCGUCCACGAGCACAAGCAUGACGGGCACGCGGAGCACGGGCAUAAACACGUCGCCCAUGCAGACCACGGGCACAAACACGUAGGCAGUCUCCAGGGCUCACACAAGCACACGGGCCACGCCGAGCAUGGCCACAAGCAUCUGGGCCACGUGGGCCACGAGCAUGGCCACUACGUGCAUGGAGGCCACACGGGCAGCAACGACUACCAUUCCCGCGCAUGGUCGCCGGCCAUGGCCAUGCAAGCUUACGAGACGUACGAAUAUGUGGACGAUCUGCCUCCCAGGGCAUACCAGGCCUUCUACAACACAUACAACGGCUAUCAGAGAUUAGGUAGGGCCUACUGAACACUGUGGAAGUGAAGAUGGACAUUUGAAUCUCCUUACCGAAAUUCAGGGGUUUAGAAAUGUUAGAGAUUGAA